AUUAAGAGAUGGAGAAAGGUGUAGGGAUGAUUCUUUUUUUGGUGAGACCUCGCAUAACUAUCAUAAAUUUGACAGUGAGUAUGAGAGAAUGGGACGUGGUCCUGGCCCCUUACAAGAGAGAUCUCUCUUUGAGAAAAAGAGGGGCGCUCCUCCAAGUAGCAAUAUUGAAGACUUCCAUGGACUCUUACCGAAGGGUUAUCCCCAUCUGUGCUCUAUAUGUGAUUUGCCAGUUCAUUCUAAUAAGGAGUGGAGUCAACAUAUCAAUGGAGCAAGUCACAGUCGUCGAUGCCAGCUUCUUCUUGAAAUCUACCCAGAAUGGAAUCCUGACAAUGAUACAGGACACACGAUGGGUGAUCCAUUCAUGUUGCAGCAAUCUACAAACCCAGCACCAGGAAUUCUGGGACCUCCGCCUCCCUCAUUUCAUCUUGGGGGACCAGCAGUUGGACCAAGAGGAAAUCUGGGUGCUGGAAAUGGAAACCUGCAAGGACCAAGACACAUGCAAAAGGGCAGAGUGGAAACUAGCCGAGUUGUUCACAUCAUGGAUUUCCAGCGAGGGAAAAACUUGAGAUAUCAACUAUUACAGCUGGUGGAACCAUUUGGAGUUAUUUCAAAUCAUCUGAUUCUAAAUAAAAUUAAUGAGGCAUUUAUUGAAAUGGCAACCACAGAAGAUGCUCAGGCUGCAGUGGAUUAUUAUACAACCACACCAGCAUUAGUAUUUGGCAAGCCAGUGAGAGUUCAUUUAUCCCAGAAGUAUAAAAGAAUAAAGAAACCUGAAGGGAAACCAGACCAGAAGUUUGAUCAAAAACAAGAGCUUGGACGUGUGAUACAUCUCAGCAAUUUACCUCAUUCUGGCUAUUCUGACAGUGCUGUCCUCAAGCUUGCUGAGCCUUAUGGGAAAAUUAAGAAUUAUAUACUGAUGAGGAUGAAAAGUCAGGCCUUUAUUGAGAUGGAGACCAGAGAAGAUGCAAUGGCAAUGGUUGACCACUGUUUGAAAAAGGCCCUUUGGUUUCAAGGGAGAUGUGUAAAAGUUGACCUGUCUGAAAAAUACAAAAAAUUGGUACUCAGGAUUCCCAACAGAGGCAUUGACUUACUGAAAAAAGAUAAGUCCCGGAAAAGAUCUUACUCUCCAGAUGGCAAAGAAUCUCCAAGUGAUAAGAAAUCCAAAACUGAUGGUUCCCAGAAGACUGAAAGUACAACCGAAGGUAAAGAACAAGAAGAGAAAUCAGGAGAAGAUGGUGAAAAAGAUACAAAGGAUGACCAGGCAGAACAAGAACCUAACAUGCUUCUUGAAUCUGAAGAUGAGCUACUUGUAGAUGAAGAAGAAGCAGCAGCACUGCUAGAAAGUGGCAGUUCAGUGGGAGAUGAGACAGAUCUUGCUAAUUUAGGGGAUGUGGCAUCUGAUGGGAAAAAGGAACCUUCAGACAAAGUUGUGAAAAAAGAUGCAAAUGCGAGUGCUUCAGCAACUGCGAAGAAAAAGCUUAAAAAGGUGGACAAGAUCGAGGAACUUGACCAAGAAAAUGAAGCAGCGUUGGAAAAUGGAAUUAAAAAUGAGGAAAAUACAGAACCAGGUGCUGAAUCUGCUGAGAAUGCUGAUGAUCCCAACAAAGAUACAAGUGAAAACGCAGAUGGCCAAAGUGAUGAAAACAAGGAGGACUAUACAAUCCCAGAUGAGUAUAGAAUUGGACCAUAUCAGCCCAAUGUUCCUGUUGGUAUAGACUAUGUGAUACCUAAAACAGGGUUUUACUGUAAGCUGUGUUCACUCUUUUAUACAAAUGAAGAAGUUGCAAAGAAUACUCAUUGCAGCAGCCUUCCUCAUUAUCAGAAAUUAAAGAAAUUUCUGAAUAAAUUGGCAGAAGAACGCAGGCAGAAGAAGGAAGCUUAAGAUGUGCAAGAAGCUUAAUGAUUUCAAAGAAAAUAAUGGUUCUUUGUUUUUAAAUGUUAACCUUUUUUAAAUACAAUACAGAUAGUUAGAAGAAAACUAUUGUACUCUUUUGUUAUAGUGGAAAAAUAAUAGACGUCUGUUCAUGUGUUAAGUGUUGUAGCAAAAAUACGUAUACGGUUAAGUUAAUGAAGAAUUGUUUUUGUUUUAUCAAAAUGGUAACAGACAGAAAUACUUGGUAGAGACUGACUUCAUAUGCUACUUAAGACACUUGCAUCACUAAGAAAGAUACGUAGAAACAUUCAGAGAAAUGAAAUUUAGUAGUUCCAAGCUUCAAAGAAAUGUCAAAACUUUUGAUUCCAUUCAAUAAAGAACAAAACCAAUUGUAUUUUUAUUACUUUCAUCUGAAACAUUCCACAUUUUAAUCUGAGCCUUUCAGACUUUUCAUUUGCAGUUCGAAGCAUUUUUGGUUUUGUUUCAUUUUUUGAGAACGUCAUUAAUGUGAGAUUGGUAAUUAAAAUGCAGGUGCAGUUUUCUUUUAUUAAUGUCAUGCUGUUUAGGUAAUAAGAAAUAUUAAGUAAUUGGCUUUAGAUUUUGUAAUUUUUUCCCUAAGUUCCUGCUAGAUUUCGUAUUCUAGUAGUCAAUGUAUUUUUCAGUGAAAUGUAAAAAUAUUCCCAUUCUCUUUGACCAGUAUUAAUUUCUUGAGAUAUUGCUUGUCACUUGAAUCCUGUAGCUGUCAUACAUCUGGUAUAAGCACAUUUGAUUUUUGAAGUGUGUAGACCAUCUCUUCAUAUUUUCAAGAUGUAAUUUUACAUUUCUGCAUUUUAAAAACAGUUUGGCCAUAAUCUUAGACGCACGCUUCUAAUUCAUAUACUGCAUAUGUGACCUUUGUGAACAGAAAUUUGCAUGUAUAAUCUGUGUUUACUUGUAACUUUCUGGUUAUAUACUGCUUAUAUCUGUGGAUUCAAGUUUCUGAAGUGAGUACCAAUAAAAAAAAAAA